AACCUCGUUCAUUUCCAAUCCUUUAUCAAUUCCGGCCGUAUCCCUUUGGUCUGCGCCCUCCAGCCUAUUCUAGUCUAUUCUUUUCGCAUUCCAUUUGCACUUAUCACACCACAGGAUGCACUCUUUUCGGGGGUUACUGCAUGAUUCCGUUUCCGCCAGUUCUGUAUCCGGGCAAGGGCACGGUGACCCCCUAGGUUUCCCUGGUUUACCCGAGUGUUCCGAGCCAUGUGAACCUUUCAGUAGCCGCCCACCUCCCAGAAAAUUUAUAACCCCGUUACAGUUUGCCAUUCGGAUACAGCAGAGCAGACAAUAUCGAGCCGUCACAGCUAACUCAAACCGACUUUUAGAAUCACUAGACAAUAAAAAACCGCUUCCGUUUUCGUACGCCAGUAAAGUCAAACUCAGGGAAAAAUACCUUAUUGUUGGUUUUAUCAGUAGCGGUACCUAUGGUCGAGUCUACAAAGCCAAAGGCAGAGACGGCGUGGGCGGGGAUUUUGCUAUUAAAAAGUUUAAACCGGAUAAAGAAGGGGAAAAGGUAGAAUACACUGGCCUUUCCCAGUCGGCCAUUCGAGAAAUAUCUCUUUGUACCGAGCUGAACCACCCGAAUGUCGUGCGCUUGGUGGAAACAAUCCUUGAGGAUAAGUGCGUUUAUAUGGUCUUCGAAUACACUGAGCAUGACCUCUUACAAAUCAUUCACCACCACACCCAACCUCAACGCCACGCCAUUCCCGCUCCGAUGGUGAAAUCGAUCCUCUUUCAGCUGUUAAACGGGCUUCUCUAUCUUCACUCUCAAUGGGUUAUGCACCGCGAUCUAAAGCCUGCGAAUAUUCUAGUUACUUCUAAAGGUGCCGUCAGGAUAGGUGAUCUUGGUCUCGCUCGGGUGUUCAAGAAGCCACUCAAUUCUCUUUUCUCCGGGGACAAGGUUGUGGUGACCAUCUGGUACCGGGCGCCUGAACUGCUACUCGGAGCGCGACACUACACAACAGCCGUAGACCUUUGGGCUGUUGGCUGUAUAUUCGCAGAGCUGCUAUCUUUGCGACCCAUAUUCAAAGGCGAGGAAGCAAAGAUGGACAGCAAGAAAACGGUUCCUUUCCAGCGAAAUCAGAUGCUGAAAAUUAUCGAAAUUUUGGGUCUGCCAAAGAAGGAGAAGUGGCCGGGAUUGAGCUCGAUGCCGGAAUUUCCUCAACUCCAAGCCAUGGCAAUGGCCCCUGGAUCUGGUCAUUUGCAUAAGCCGUCCAAUCUGGAACAUUGGUAUCACGUCUGCCUCAAGAGUGGGGGCUACUCGGGCAGCUCUCCUACUGGAAGUCCAGGAAAAGAAGGAUUUGACCUUCUCUCGCGAUUGCUCGAGUACGAUCCGGAGAAGCGAAUCUCUGCGAAGGAAGCCCUAAAUCACCCGUAUUUUACAACCGGUACCCCUGUGGCCAAAAAUUGCUUUGAAGGAUUUGAGGGCAAAUACCCGAACCGUCGGGUUAGCCAGGACGAUAAUGACAUCAGGAGUGGCAGCCUACCAGGAACUAAAAGGAGCGGCCUGCCCGAUGAUACUUUAACCAGCAGAGCCGCAAAGCGAGCAAGAGAGAUGGCUCCCUCCCUGCUGCUCUUGCACGUCAACUCCUCUUCCUCAAUCCAUCUUCUUUCUCCCGCCCGUCAACCGAAUGCUGGACCCUCUUCCCGUUUCACAUCGGCGGCACAAGCUUCUGCCCCUGACAAAUCAUCCCGUCUCACCCGCGCGUUUCCCCUCGUCUACGCUGGGUGGAUGAUCACAUUAACCAUCGCCCAAGCGGUUCACGAGGAGUACGAUAAGCAGCUUAGUCAACCUCCAGUCUCGAUGAUGCGAGUAAGGGUACAAAGUUAUUCGCAUAGAUACUCGCAAAUCGGUGAAUUAGGAGCCAGAUCAAGUGCGCAACGAAAGCAUAUGGCCCGAAAUGAACAAAAGCGACGGAACAACGCAAAACUAUAG